AUGCAUUUAGUGCAGAGUAAAGAUAUCUCGAUCGUUUGGUCGUUCUUUUUGAUGAAAAUCGUAGGUCUGUGGCUAGCCGCCGACGAGGCUGAACAACGUCGGAGAAAUUUCGCGCUGAUUUACACGCUGAACGCGAUUUUUAUCGCUUCGUGUAUAGCAAUGAGAGAUAUAUACUAUUCCUGGGGAAACGUGAACGACUGCAUUUACGUCGGGUGCAACAUUUUAUACCUAGCGAUCGUUUUCUUCAAGAUCCUCGUUUUGUACAAGCACAGAAUAGAAUUCUACGGGUUAAUCAGGUUCACGCAAGAGAAAUUCUGGCAUUUCGACUAUAAUUCACGGGAGAAGUUAAUUUUAUCCGAGUGCAAGAAGAUAUGUACCGUUUUCAUCGUUGCCUUCAGCUUCUGUACUCAGGGCACGUGUGCUGGUUACGUAGUGACACCUAUUUUAGCAAAUGUUGGAAAAAACCAAUCCGAAAGGAUGUUACCUUUCAACAUGUGGGUUGACUUUCCUACAGGAUUGUCGCCUUAUUAUGAAGUCCUUUUCAUCAUACAGACACUUUGCGUGUACCAUGUCGGUAUAUGUUACAUGUGCUUCGACAACAUCCUCAGCCUUCUGAAUCUUCACGUGGCCACUCAAUUUCGUAUCCUUCAAUACCGAUUCAUGAAUUUGAGUAAUGUAAUUGAGAAGCAAACAGACGGUCGAGAAUUGGAAAUUGGUUACACAAAUUUCACAGUCGAUAGUUACUUACAAUUGAAGAGUUGCGUGCAAUACCAUCAGGCACUUACAGGCUAUUGCAAAAAGUUGGAGAACAUAUUUUCGUUGCUUGUGCUUGGACAAGUGCUUUUCCUAGCCAUGGUACUUUGCCUCGUGGGAUAUCAGCUAUUUCUGACAGACUCACCACCUUCGAGAAACGUCGGAUUGGUACUCAACCUGGCAGGCACUUUGUGUCAACUUUUUAUGUUCACGUACAGUUGCGAUGGUUUGACAAGAGAGAGCAUGGACGUUAGCAGAGCUGUAUUUGCAAGACCGUGGGCAAAUCUGCCAAUGGAUAGAAAUGGGAAAAGUGUGCGACAAAGCAUGCUAAUGGUGAUCAUGAGGUCGAACAGGUGUUGCUGCUUAACAGCCAGCGGGUUCUUUCCAGUUUCUCUCGAGACUUACACUGGGGUCCUCAGCACUGCAAUGUCAUACUUUACACUACUGAGACAAUCGACUAUGAGCAUAGCCGAUUAG